GUCACUUUCCGUGCACUCUGUGUCUCUCUCUCUCUCUCUCUCUCUCUCCCCCCUCUCUAUCUGCGACUGGGUUACAGUUCCUGGACCAAACCCUUCCUUGCAUUUCUACAGAUCGCUACUUCUCCUUCUCACUUUGCCAUGAGCCGCAGGGUCGUACGUCAGAGCAAGUUUCGCCAUGUCUUUGGACAGGCCAUGAAAGCCGAUCAAUGUUAUGAAGACAUACGGGUGUCCAAAGUGACGUGGGACAGCUCCUUCUGUGCAGUUAAUCCCAAAUUUGUGGCCAUCAUUGUGGAAUCCGGUGGAGGAGGUGCCUUCUUGGUCCUCCAACUGGCCAAAACCGGGCGCGUGGAUAAAAAUCAUCCCUUGGUGUGCGGACACACGGCGCCUGUGCUCGACAUUGACUGGUGUCCACACAAUGACAACGUCAUUGCCAGCGGCUCUGAGGACUGUACAGUCAUGGUUUGGCAGAUCCCAGAUCACGUAGCACUCCGGUCGAUAACAGAUCCCAUCGUUGUUUUGGAAGGACACUCGAAGAGGGUCGGGAUUAUUUCAUGGCAUCCGACUGCCCGGAAUAUUUUACUUAGUGCAGGCAGUGAUAAUAUGAUAAUCAUUUGGAAUGUGGGGACAGGGGAGCCCCUGAUAACUCUCGAUGACCUGCACAGUGACCUGAUUUACAAUGUCUGCUGGAACCGCAAUGGCAGCCUCAUCUGCACCACAUGCAAGGACAAGAAAGUGCGCGUCAUUGAUCCAAGGGAGCAACGCAUCAUUGCUGAAAAGAACAAAGCGCAUGAAGGCGCUCGCCCAAUGAGGGCCGUCUUCAUGUCCAACGGUAAAAUCUUCACCACCGGAUUCAGCAAAAUGAGCGAACGGCAGCUGGCCCUCUGGGACCCGAAAAACUUUGAUGAACCAAUAGCACUUCAGGAAAUGGACACCAGUAACGGAGUGCUUCUGCCAUUUUAUGAUCCAGACACCAACAUAGUGUACCUCUGCGGAAAGGGCGAUAGCAGUAUUCGAUAUUUUGAAAUCACAGAUGAAGCUCCAUUUGUUCAUUACAUCAGCACAUUCAGCAGUAAGGAGCCACAGAGGGGAAUGGGCUUCAUGACAAAGAGAGGCUUGGAUGUCAGCAGAUGUGAAAUUGCAAGGUUUUUCAAAUUACACGAGCGGAAGUGCGAACCUAUUACAAUGACAGUACCUCGGAAGUCAGAUCUUUUCCAAGACGACUUAUACCCAGACACACAAGGCCCUGAAGCAGCAUUAGACCCUGAGGAGUGGAUGUCAGGGAAGAACGCUGAUCCCAUCCUCAUCUCAUUGAAAGACGGCUACAUUCCGCCUAAAAACAGGGAACUUAAAUUUGCCAAGAAGAACAUUCUGGACAACAAGCCACCUCUUGGACCUCGACGAAGUUACUCCACUUGCGAAUCAAAUUUUUCUCGUGUAACCAUGGAAGAACUAAUGGAUGAAAUUAAAUCACUGAAGGUGGUUGUCCAGUCCCAGGAGAGACGCAUUACUGAGUUAGAGAACAAGCUCUCAAAGUUCACCAAUGGCACUGCUUAAUUCGAUCUUCUGCUCUAGCAUGCACUCCAAGGUAUCCUGCCAAGCCAAUUCAACUCAUCAUUGCCCACCCUGAGAACUCUGGUGGCAAAUGAUAGUAGCUUUUAUAACAAUCUACAUAAAAGUAUGCGCAUUCUCAACUCCAGUGAGACAAGAUCAUGUGGAAGUAUUUAAUGUUUUGUUCUGGAGUUUAAUUGAAGAAUUCACAGGAAAUAUUAAACGAUGUUUGGGAACUACAGCGAACUAAAGUCGAGCCACACCUGAUCAGUGUUCCUACACAUGGUCGUGGACUACUAUUGUUAGUGAGCAUUAAGGUCUCCAUGAGCAGAUAUCCUCAACGUAAAUGCCAGGACUUCUCUUUGGACUGAGGGAGGGGGAGGGGAAAGGAAUGACCUCAACAUGACCUCUGGUAGACCAGUAGGUCAUGUCAAGGGCAUCGGCUGGAUUGUGGGAUAGUCUGAACUGCAAUUUUUUCAAGUAUAUGAUUCGUAAAACAAAGUAACUUUUAAACAAUCUCCAGGCUAAUAUUCUUACAAAGCUCUUCAGCUUGUGGCUGCAUUGUUUUUUGGCAAAUGAGUUCCGCUGAGGUGUAAUAAAACACUAUUUAAUACAUCUAAUUUUAAGCUAAUGAUUUGCACUGUAUAAAGUUGUGGCAGUAUUUGGCACUUGGCAAAAUUGAUAUUUUAUAGCAUCCGAAGAUAGACACAGGUUAAAACGAGUGGAUGAUGUGGCUUCUAUGGUCCAUUGUAAGGCCAGUGUACUCAUUCUGAGUCAGUUCUGAAACAGUGACAUACAAUGCUAGCAAACUCCUAGGGUGUUCUCUGCUAUUUUCUUUACUUUUAUAAAUAAAAUGGUUUGUUUCAAGAACUUUUCACCUAUCAGAAAUGGAAACCUUUAAACAUGAUGACUUAUAAGUGUGAAAUUUGGCGUAUGCGCUGUGUAUUCUGGUAAAAUAAGUGCUAUUUUAGUUUUGUUGUGAGUUUAUGUCAAUUUUUUUCUAUAUCCCAGCUCUAAAUUACAAUUGUUGCCCAGUGCUAGGAUUCCUUUAAAUGAGUUUCUUUUUUGAUCAGUGAUGAGCACCAUGUGUAUAAUACUGAGUCUUGUACCAAGAGUAGUGACUUCAUAGUGUCUUUAGGCAUUUUUGCUGUAUGAAAAUGCAGAUGAUGCAAACGUGCACUUCUCCCAUCAUUGGCCGCACUAGGAAAUAUAACAUGGGUGCUUAAUCAUGUUUCAAUAUCAGAAGAGAUUUAUUUUCCCAUGGGACUUAUUGAAUAUGGUUGCUGUCACAGUCCCUGCUUCUAUCUGGCCUAUAGCAUUGGUGAAAAAAAUAAAUUGAGUUGGGAAGGAGACAAAGCGCAAGGGUAACAGGGUGACCCAGCAGCACUCUUCCCCAGUGUCUGUGCCGUGCCUAAUGUUCAUUGUAAUUCUCCACAUAUAGAGAGAAAGAGAGUGAGGACUGAUGGAUCUCAUGGCUGUUGAGACCUCAGCCACUGAGCCAACUAACAGACUGCUAUAGUAUCUCUGUGUUUUCCUCUGCUAAGAAUGAGAUUCAAGUCAAAGCUGCAAGUGUACACAACACACAAGUAAGAGGGAAACUACACACAGUACACAGUGAACAACACAAUCCUGUUUACAAUGAUAGUCAAACCUCCUCUAAGGAGAUUCUGUGUAGAGCUCAAUGGUUGACUAACAGUAGUAGUCUACCACCUUAAGACGUUUCCAACUCUUGUGCCCUUUCCACAUUAAGCAGAGUUCACUGUAAGAAUUCAUGAGCGUGUAUGCCAAAUUAACUGUUCUGUCAAUCUGUUUGUGCCAUGUUCUGUGCUCAUUCGUGCUGUUUUAAAUUUUUUCUGUGCACCGUAACACCAAUCGUAAAUAUAUUAGUGUAUCGUAGUCCAAAGGUAAACCUGUUUUCUUUUUAAUGCAGUGUUGGUGUGCUAAAGAAAAGUAACCAUCUGGGAGCUGAAUUUUUUUUUAAAAGUUCUAAAUGCAGUAUGUUCAAAGACUUGAUGUUAAUAACCUGCUUCUUGUUGUUUGUUUUAUUGGAGCCAUGUUAAGUAAAAGUCAAAAAGUUACACAGCAGCCUUUUGAAGAACAGCAGUGCAUAUUAUUUAAGAACCUGAAUCAUUGCUUUGCCUUAUAUCAUAUCAAACUACCAGACUCCUCACAGAGUUGAAGAUAAGAGAAACAUAGAAACUAACUGAAGCAAAAUACAACUUUAUUCAGUUUCUGGACAUGUUGGUUCACAGGUAGUUAUUAGCAACUUUUGAUCAUCUGCUCAAAGAUUUUUAAUACCGCCAAUCCAAAUCUCUUCAAAUCUCUCAAAACAUUGUGGCCUUGUUUAAAUAGUAACAGAUCUCUGUAACAGAGGCAAUGCCGACAUAUGUUUAAAGAACAGGAGGCUCACUAGAAAUAUAAAUAAUGUUGUGAUGCAGGGGGGCAUUUAUCUUAUGGACUAAUUGGCUGUGCCUUUUAGAGUCUUAAUGACAGAUGAAAAUUAGUAUUGAAAGGACAUUAACUUCACAAAACUAUGUGGUCUGAAGAGGCUAAUGGAGCUGUCCAGGAAUAUGAGACUAUUUUGUCCUUGGGCAUAAUAUAUGAAAAUGUCUGGAGAUGUCAUUGUGCCUUGUGUGUAACAGGCAGUUGAAGGUUAGAUGUGUAUUUUAAUUUUUGUUUUCACCUUAAUAGAAUCAGAGGAAGCUAUAUUCAGCUGAUUUUCUGACAUCCCUCAUCUAUUAUCUAACAUCUGUGUUUGGUUGCAGAGUCAGGCUUGGUUUUAGUCUCACACUUGGGGCCACUGAAAUGGAACAGUUAAUAGAAAAGUAAGGCACUAGGGAAGCAGAAUGAAAUGUCUGCCAAACGUGAAUUUUUCGACAAAGGUCUUUGUCUACAACCAUGGCAUGUUCAGUAGCUUUUACUACAGAACAUUUUGUGCUUUCCUCUGCUCUCGCCACCUCCACCCCCCACCCUGCUCUACCGCUGUGGACCUGAUGCUCUCAAUUGAAGUCAAGCUUGAUGACUCUUCAGUGUUUAUAGCAGCAGUAAUAGAAUCCAUCGUCAUAGGAAGAAACAUUGUCUAAACCUUUCUUUUGAGAGAAUCUUAGGCCUCCAAUCCCCAUGCUACUUUUAGUUUUCAUUUGAGAGCUAGUUUAGCUCACUUUCCUAAUAGGGGUAGCUAUAAAGACUUUUGGCUGAUAAGUAAUACUUUCUUGGCCAUGGGAAAGACCUAAGACAAUCUGGCUGACUUUUCUUCUGCAGCCAAUGUGAUAUAAGUGAAGACAUUUUCUUCAGCUGCUAUUUAUUUGAUUGCAUGACUUAGUGAAAUGGUUUCCAUCAUACUUGAAGCUUUUGUUCAGGUAAUUGGUUCCCUUCCUUGAAGAGAUUCACUUUUUUUACCCAAGUGCAGCUUUGACUUCCUUUAAAUGUUGCUUAUUGCACCAUUUGACCACUUAGUGUUACACAAUAUUCAAACAUAUUUUGAAUGGUUUCUUUGAAUAUAAUGUCACAUAUCUGAGGAAUGUAUCUGGUUUAGAAAUAGGAUAAGGAAGUUUAAAGAUAAAAAGGAAAAAAUUGGAAAUCUGAAGUAAAACCGCAAAAUGCUAGAGAUGCAUAGUUGGUGAGUCAGUAUCUGAAAAGACAGUUUAAUAUUUCAAGUGGAUACUGCAGAAAACAGAAGAUGGUAGCAGGUGAUCAUUCUUCAUUCUGGUGAUCAAAGCACAGAGGGGAAAUGGAAGAACUGUAUAUGAAUCAAAUCAUUCUGGUAGUUCUGCAAAGAAUGGUUUAAAAAUUGUGAACACAUUAUUGUUGUUUGAAAUGUCAGAGUGCUGGAUGAUACACAGAUGGCAUUUCAAUCAGAUCGUGCAAAAGAAUUAGACAAAAAGGGAGAAAAUUGGCAAGGGAACAAAGUGGAAUGUGGAUGAAAGACCCUGAUAGAAAAAUCAAGAAGAGAUGAGUGUCCAAAUAAUCAAAUAUGACAGUUUGUUAGAUUAAAAGUUAUUUCUGUUUAAAUGAGCCAAAUAAGCAAAAGGAGAUUGCUAGUUAUAUUUUAAAUUGAUGGGAUUAAUGGGAGGGGUGUGCUGGUAGAUGAGAUCAAGUUGGCUGAAUGAUUUUUUUUUUGGCUUUAGUUACCUACUAAAGUAACAGAACCAAAUUGUAAUUCUUUUCUGAUCCACUUAAAAACUGAAAAGUAAUGGAAAAUGAUUGCAGCUUGAAAUAUUCCAACUUGCAAAAGAAUUUUCAAUUUCUUAACACAACCUGGGUUGUAACAUAAUGUUGGCAUCUCAAAACAGACAAGAACUGAAGUGCUAAUACAGAAUUAUUAAUUAAUUUAUAGAUAUGAAUAUUGUGCAUCCUGAUUAUUUUUAAACAUUGGUUUUAUGUCUUACUAUCAAUUCAUUUAAGCUUUUAAAUAUGUUAUACAUUAUCAGCAUCACAGAUUUUUUAGCUCAAAUUUGCUAUUGUUUUCUUGCCACGGUAGGUUUGUUGUUUGAAGCUCAUUAUAUCCAGGGUUAAAAAGAGGCUUUUGACCUCACCUAUAGUUUAAACCAAUCUGUCCUAUUUAUAUAUCUACUGACGGAUCAACUAACGGUGAGUUUGAAAUAAGAGUCUGGAAUUUCUUCUAUUCGUGUAAUGAUGUUUCAGCAAUUUGUCAUCGAUUGUAACUAAAACAAAAAAUAGUUGCUGUCAAAAGAUAUUUAAGAUAUCCUUUGCACAGGCCCCUCAUGUCCCUUCCUCAGAUAUGAAACACAUCUGCCAAGCUUCGAAUUUUUGGAUUCCACUUCAUGAUGGCUAUUAUUGAUGGUGGUUUUCACAGUGACCCUUCUAGCGGAUGAAAACUGAUGAAGAAAUCUAACGUAUUUAGUUAGAUUUACGGGAUGCUUAAUAGCUGCGAGUGUAGCACUAAUGUAAAAGCUCAAAUUCCUCUUGUUUUGCAGCAGCCAGUGGACAAAUUUAUCUUUAUUGAACUCAGUGACCUACUUUAAGAGGCAUCCCAAGUAGACAUAUAUGGCAUGAUUGGGAGCUGCUUACCAGCAAGAAUACAAUUUUACAAGACACAAGCGCUGUCUUAGGUCAUGAUCUCGACAAAGACCAUUUUUAAAUAUCACAGGCUGGUUAUCAUGUCACUUGUAUAAUAUGCACAGUGUGUUCCAAAAUGUCCGAAAACGAAAUGCCUAUAUGUCUACAAUUAGUGUAGGUGAUCUGAAAUUACUUGGCGCAUUGUAAAGACUUCACUGGCAUUUUACAUUUAUCGCUAUCUAUAUAGUUAUUCCUGUAACCGUAUAAGCUGACUUGGUUGGGGGUGUGGCCUGUGAGAAAUACUUCCCACCUCCCAAAAAAAUAAAUGACCAGAAAGUGUGGCCUCUUUACCAGUUAAUACAUUAACCCUUCGAUGACCGAAGGACUUUAAACCAACAUCUUUCAUCAUAUUUUUCUAAAAUGACAGAGCAAAUUUUGGGUAACAGAAUACAGUGAGAUGGUAUAGACACAUUAAUCUGGGCUCCCUCUAUCCUGGAUAUAACCUUAAGUAAAUGGACAGCUCUAACCAGCUGACUGGGGCAAUGAUAGCACAAUCUUCAAAAGGUGCUGUGGUUUAUUUUCAGAAAUCGUGAAAUCUUUAAAAAUGAAUGUGUAUGUGUGUUUCUGUGCAUUUUUAAAACUUAUUCCACUGUAAUUUAAAAGAAUGACUUAUCAUAUCCCUACUGGACAGUAAAUACCUGCUCUUCAGUUACUACUCUUUAGCACUACAGUCCAGCCCAAAGUCCAUGAUACUAGUACUGUGUAAGAAUUUGAUGUAAUACAGUUACCUUUUGCAUGAGAAACAUCACAAAUGUAAUCUGCCAUCACUGUAAGCAAUCUGUAACAAUUGUGACAUAUAAAGGUUGCCAGGCCAUGCAUUGUAUUGUAUUAUAAAAGUAAUGUAAACGUUGCUCAGCUAUUGAAUGUCACCUCACUUGCCACAUUAAAGGUGACAUCUACGCAUUUUGUUAGCCUAAAUAAGGCGCAUCAAUAUUCAAAUCAGCAAGAGCGCAAUAUGUUUAAUGUCUCUCUUCUCAAUAGGCCUGUGGCCAGUGAGUUCAAUCAGUGAAGAUCAACUCAACAGAUUUGUAAAAUAAAAAUUUAUAUUGGUUCUGACUUUUUGUUUAAAAAAACCCUUUAUUGAAACCGAACAGUUUUUGCCGAGAGAUUUGAUAUACAAUAUAUUAGUUAUGUAUAUGUAGUCUUUGAUUUCGAUUUAUUAGAGGGCUAAAUGCCUUGAGCAGGUUUUAAGAGAUUUAUCUGGAUAAAAAUUCAUGCAAUACUGAUUUACGACCAGUAGGUAUUGAUAAUGGCUUUAUAACAGUAAUAGUAGGCUGUGAAAGCAUGCAUGCUAGAGACACCUACUAGUAUUAAAUAGACUUUGCAAGGGAGCAGAUACUGAAGACAUCAGAUGGAUGUGUUGAGCAGCCUCUGCAUGUUGGGAAGGACAGAAAUUAACAUUAAAUGAGCAUGGAUGAAAAAAAUUAAAAUCCAAAAUUUGACCACAAAUAUGAUUUGAUGAUUGUGUUGUGGCAAAAGAAUAGCUUUGGGCCUCACUAAACAGGGCUUGAUUUUAACAGAGUGGAUCUUAAGAGGAUUCCAAUGUAUAGCCUGUGUGGGUUGACGAGCAAGAUUACUUUUUCUUCCAAUUAAUUAAAAAUGUAAGUGGAAUCAAUCAUAAUGUGAUGCUUUGCAAGUCUUCUAAUGAUCUUUAAAGAAUUUUCCAUUUGAGUUUUUUUAGGCAGUAUCACUUUCCAGCAUCCUUUCCACCAAAUCGAUUGCCUCAUAGCUACACAUGUAUGUCAUACAUGAUGGACAAUCCAAUACUGAGGCCUGCAUCUAAUCAUUGGCAUUGACCUGUAUUUUCAGAAGGCAAUAUAAAAACAAAAAUUA